GCACCACCAUCUGUCGUGAGUGAAGUGAACAUAACCUCACAUACAUUACAAGUAAACGUGCAAAUGUAGUCUCUCGCGUCACAUAAUUAAUAAUCAAUUUGAUCGAUAAAUUGUUUACUUCGAGGUUGAAUUGUAAUUUACAAUUAACAGACCAUAAAAGUGUGUAAAUUGAAAAUGAGUUAGGUGCUUCUUUGUCUGUUCAUAUUUAGACUGUUACGUUUCUUCGUAUCAUCUCACUUGUAAUGUUUAUGUAUCUAUCAAGGUGGACAUUAUCAUUAUUGUCAACGGGGUUGUUCAUUGUUAGAAUUUGAUUUCCUUGAGCAAGAGUUUCAUCGCGUGUGACCACAAACAUUGCUGGUCAAUGUUAGGAAGGUCGUGUGCUACAUUGAAAUAAUGGAAACUAUAUCAAAAAUUAACAUUUCUACAUUGCAUCUAAUCGCUAAGUUAUGCAGAAUAUUUGUAUUUAAUUGUUUUAAUUGUUAAAUAAUCAUGGCGACAAUGGAGAAAAUGAAAUCAAGACAGAAACGUAAGAAAGAUAAAAUCCGGGCUUAUAAUAUUGAAAGACAAAUUCCAGACGCUCCAACGAUGGAGGAAUUUGAGUGUCUCUUAGGAGAAUCACCAACCAAUUACCCAAGAGUUGAAGGGAUUGAAAACAUGGAAAGUGAGCUACAUUCAGCAGCAAUAGAUACUGAAAUUUAUGAAAAAGAAACAGAAAUUGUGGUGAUUAAAAAUAAGGAACAGGAAGAAGUUGAUGGAAGGAAUCAAAUAGGUGAAGAAAAGAAUGAAGAACAAAUAGAAAAAGUGAUGCAAGAUAAUGGAGAGAUAGUUAAUGAACCAUUACCUCAACCAGUUGAUGAAGUUGAUGCUAUUGAAUUGCCAGUGCCCAUUUUGAUCGAAGAGCAAUCGAGUAAUAAUGAAGAGCAAACCGAAAGUACAGUUUCUAGUUCACAAUCAAUCCAAUCAGCGCCCACUGCUCCAAUUGUUGAAAAGGUUGAAAAUGACAAAUUAAUCGAUCAACCAGAGGUUGAAAGUUUUAAUAAAUCUUCUGUCAAUGAAUUAAAAACAACAAAUCAAGAACCAUCAGUUAAAUUAACACCAAAGGCUAGUGAAAAAAUAAAGGCUGUCAACAAAGUUAUUCCUUUUUCUGAAGCUCAAUUGUCUGCUUUAUAUAGUAAUAAGGAAUUAACAUUGGUAGAUUCAUUUAUAACUGAAUUCGUUGAAACACAAUUGCGAAGUAAUGCUGUUCGUCAACAGCAUCGGUUACAUGAGCUACUCAUGACAUAUUUACGAAUAAGAAAUCACUUGAUAAUGAAUUCUCAUGAGCUGGAAAGUUUAAAAAAAAAUUGUAAAGAGGUACAAAAACAGUUAUGGCAUCUUGAUAAUGCUUCAAUUACUGAAUCUGGUGAAUGUCAAGAUGGGAAUCCAGUAAGUGCGACUCAUGAGUAUUCGAUAGCUCAUUUUAAUCAACAAGCUUUGAAUUCAUUAACAAAAAAUUUGUCUGCUAUAAAAGAACUUCUUCAUAAUGCUCAAGCUCUCUAUUGUUAUGAAGCAGAAAUGCUAAAGCUUCAGAUAGAACAUUAUAUUCAAAGGGUUUGUAUAUCUUGCAAAGAACUUGCUACAUUGCCUCAAAAUGCACCAGUUAAUUUAACUGCUAUUCAAAUGCCUUCUCAAACGAUGCCUCAGCUUCUUGAACUCCGAAUGUGCAUUACAAUUCUCUUUAAUUUUCAAAGACGGAUUUUGAAAGAUGGAAAAUUUGUGUUAGACUCCAGAGAAUGGCUUACAAGAUUGGUAGCAGUGCUUUUACGUGUUGCAACAUGGCAAGAUCAUUUAUUUUUACUCAAUCAUGUUCUAAGAUGUCCUGGAGGUGUUGCUAAUUGGGCAGCAAGUUUUAUUCAAACACCACCAAUGCCUAAAAGUCGAGGAAUCAGUUCUUCACCUCUUAAUGAUCCCUACUUGGAUCACAUGGUCACUACUCUUGCAGUUAUUUUAUUACCAGUCAAAGAAAGAGAAAUGUUUCUUGAACAAGUACAAAUCUCUUUACAAGACACUGGAAGUAACCCUGGUGAUACUGUUUGGGUGAUGCUUGACGAAGAAGGAGAGGAAGAUGAAGAUAUAUCUAACAUUGGAGCAAACUUAUUUGAAAGUGAUUUAAUAACUUUAUUAAAUCAAGUUCCUUUAGAUAAAUUAUUUGAACAAGUUUUACUAAUUGAUAAACAAGACUAUGGAUUUUCUCAAGAUAAACAAGGAAUAACUGAACAUCAUAUGUUAAGAAUUUUUGCCUUUUCUACAACACUUGUCAGACUUUUUAGACAAGGAUUAAAAACCUAUGAUUCCCCAAGAUAUAGACAAUUAGCAAAAAGACUUAGUGCUCUGAUAAGAGAUGUAGUUCAAUAUGCAAGUGAUCAAUGGGAAGCGUUUGAUAAAAGUAAAAUAGUAGAUCAGUUAAUGAUGAUUAGACUUCAGACAGAAUAUGAUUGCUUCUUUUUCCGUGCAGCUAUGUGUAUAUUCUCAUCACGACGACUUGGUGCUUGGCAAUAUUUAGCAGCUAUUCCAUAUCAUAUAGUAUCUAUCAAUACUCUUUGGCAUAUUUUUUAUGCUUUACAUAAAGAUUCAAUAACUGUAGACCCACUUGAAACAGAUUUAUCUGCAGAAGAAUGGGAGAAUGAGUUGAAUUCUUCAAUGUUAAUGAAACAAUUUGAAGAAAAGUUAAUGGAUAUGCCUGGUGAUGAAUCUUACUUUCUUUUGACAACAUUUGCUAACAUGGCAAUGGCUAGAACAAGUCGAGAUCAUGAUUUCAUCAAAGCUGUAACAAUAGAUUUAUUCAGAAUUGGAUUCUUGAGUGAAAAAACUCAGGAAUCAUGCUCCAAAGAUGCUCGAUCUUUAAUUUCAAAUCUCACAAGCAAACAUUCAACGUUAUUAUCUACAAUCCUCAUCAAAAUGAGAGAUAAUUUUGUAUCAGUUAAAAAUUGGAGUUUAUAUUUAUUUACAGAAUUAAGUGUCGGAAAGUGGAUUCCAAGUGAAGAAGACAUUGGAAUUUUAUCAAGCUGGCUACAUAAUAAUCCAUUAUCAUCAACAGAAAGUCUCCUAGCUCGUUUGAUUUUGACUAAUUUAAACUGGGGACUAGACAAAAAUGGAGAUCUCUUUUUUCCUGUAAAUCUUCAUCAUAGAAUUGCUUUACUAGUUGUUGAAUUAACAAUUAAAUAUGUUCCUGAAACACCUGGACAAACGGCUUCACUGCUUGCUGAAGGUGUUAAACAAGUAUCGUCCAUGGUGAGACCUCAAAAUAGUGAACAAGCAUUCACACUUUGGGCUUGGGAUAUGGUAACAAGACUUCGUCUUCAUCAACUAGAUCAAUCAAAUUCUGCAUGCCGAAAUGCCAUGUCAAACCCAGCAGAAGCCUUCUUUUAUGUUCCUGAUAUUGACUCAAAUGCGUCAUUAGAAAUUCUUGUACAUGGAGUUCGAGAAAAACAACCCAUUGCUUGCUUCGUGUCUACAAUGAUGACACUCUGGGGUCACUCUAUUCCUUUAAUUUGUACCAAAGGCUUUACGCAGUUAUCUAUUCUUCAAUGUUUCUAUAAAUAUGAACAGCUUCUUAUUGCUCUUCAUCAUAUUAUACCAUUGUUCUUAUGCUGCUCAGAUUCACUCUUUAAAAAUGAGCGAUUUAAUAGCCUUAUUGUAUCACUUAUCACUGCAGAUAGAACUUAUGUAAAGAUGGCGAAAAAUUUGAUUGCUCCAGAAUUUCCUGGUCCAAUCAUGAAACAUUUUUCCAAUAUGAUCGAGUCACAUAUGGCUAAUUAUAAAAGAUAUUGUCUGUCAAGUCCUGAACCAUUUGUUCGACUCUGGUUAAAUGUACUAGUUCGAGUCCCUGAUUGGAAUCGUGAUCAGAAUGUUAUGUUUCUGAUCGACAUAAUUAUUCGGGCAGCAUUCUUUUAUUUAGAUGCAAGAACUACCACGGAAAAUGUAUUCCAGAACCUUUUUUCUAACCUGGGUGCUGGUAAAUCAUCAGGAUCAAUUGGCUCUUUCUUCAGUUGGGCAACAGGAUCUGGAAAUACACCAAGUCUUUUAGGAGGAUCAAUUCAAUCUGUUUGGUUAGCAUAUGAAAUUCUUCGUACAGAACAGCAGGAAAGAGAGUUAAAAACAGGACUUUGGAAAGAAUUUCUACGAGAAUUAUCUCAACAAUCAAAAGUAUCAUUAGACAGUGCGUUAAAACGUGCAUGUGCUACAUUAAAAAUUCCACCAUACAGUUCAAAUGGAUUGUCUAUUUACCGCUGGUCUCAACAAGCACUAGAUACUCCAAUGGAUCACCCAAUGCUUCCAUUAUUAUGGCAAAACUUCUUCACUCUUUUCUUAUCUAGAGUACCAACAUCUGCAGGUGUUCCUGAUAGAGGUGGUUUGGGAGAUAAAUUUUUCGAAGGAAUGAUUAAUUUAAGUUAUUUGAAGAAAAUUAAAAAGCGUUUGCAUGACACAACAGAAUAUUUUCAAGCAAAAGGAGAACGUGAUGUGGAUAAUGGUAAACCGAUGACUGAUGAGAGGAGAGUUUUUUAUUUCAAUGCUGCAAAGUUUUAUAAAACUUUGAGUUUAUGGCUAGAAGAACCAAGACUUCAAGAAUCUGGAUUAUAUCUUCCUGCUUUACCUCCUCAGUAUAUGUCACAAAAACUGGUGCUUCUGAUGCAAGGAGAUCAUAGACCUUGGCUUGAAUAUAUUGAUUAUGACCAAGUGCAACAGUUGCAAUUAAAGGCAACAAGUGAGUGGCAAAAAACAUGUCAUCGAUCGGUUGAAGAGAGUCAUAUGAAAAUUACUUCAACACCAACAACACCUUUAGAACCUGCUGAUCCUAUUCAAAGAAUUUAUCGGCGACUAAGUACCUAUGAAAGUCCUGAAUCACCGCCAUCAUUAAGUCGUCAUAAUAAUUUAAUAGAACACAUAUCAAAAGAUACUCUUCAUGAUUCUGAUCGGGUAAUUCGUUCCGUAAAAACUCAUUUAAAAGGAAUAUUAGAUUACGCACAGACUUAUAAUCUUCUUGUCUCAGAACAUACAGCAGUAGACUGUUGCUUUUUGGAAUUGAUUCCUACUUUAUAUAAAGAAGUUGAAAGUCAAGUUACCCUUCAUGCACUUUGUGAUCCAGCACCACCAGGUCAACGAAGAUCUCGGUCAGGAACUCCACCCACAGUUCAUUGUGCUGGACCUGCUGUAAUUAGAAUAAAAAUUUCUGAAGCACGUGUUAGUGAUGGAAUUGAUCAGAUGAUUAGUCAGAAUCGUGCAGAGUAUGAAAAUUUAUUGAUCAAAGCUUGUCAACCACCUCCAAGUAAAGUAACCCAAGGUUGUGUUUUUAUAGAUCAUUUAAUAGCUCUUCUUGAACAUGAAUUAAAUGUUAAUCGAACAUGUGAAAACACUGCCAUACUUCGUAAUGUCCAAGAAAGUGGUGUUAAACUUUUUUACCAUUUAGUGGAAUUUUACAAUGAAGAUGCUGCACUUUGUCCACCGACCAAGCAACUUAUAACAACAUGUAUUGAAAAAUUAGGACAAAUGUUUAUUAGUGGUGAAGAAAAUGAAGGUCCAAGAUUAUUAAGUACUAUUAUGCAACGAUCUAAUCUCGGGGGAUUACUUGGUCCUCAUUUUACUCCAGUAGCUGGUGGAGCAACCAGAUUUUUACAAAUGUACCAAACUGUUGUUGAUUUAUCAACAGGAACCAAUGUGGACUUAUGUUUUGUAUUACUUUCCAAGUUUGAUGUUGGUAGUUGGUUGAAUUAUCGACGACCAAGAUUGAGUGAACGAUCUACUUUUAUAGAUCUAGUUUCCAAAGCAUUAUGUGAUAUAGGACUUAAUCCUGAAGAAGAUAAAUUAAUUCUUCAUGAACAAUUUCGUAAUCAUUUGAGACUAGUGUUGUUACAUGAAUUCCCGGAACAUUAUGGAGAAGUUCUUAGUGCAAUUCUACGAGGAAGUGAAGGUCAAAAUCUAUCCUUGGAUGUUUGGAGAGAUUUAUUAGGUGCAUUAAGUGGACGACCGAAAUGUGCAGUGCCGAUUCAUCCCGGAAAAGUUAGAGAAGAAAUCAGAAGAUAUGCAACAGAACAAAGAUUAUUGACACGUCAAGAAAUUUAUGAUACCGCGGUACUUUUAAGUAAACAUUUCAUGAAAGAAAGACUUCAGUAUGGUCUUUAUGGUCUAUACCCAAAGUAUCGAGUAUACAAUGAGCCUCUUGUAAUUUUUCUGGGGAUGAUAGGACAUGCAUUGGUAGUAAUGACUCUUCAAUUCGAUCGCGGAUCUUUAGCUGAUCAGCUUUGCGAACGAAUUUGGCCUGUAUUGAGUGAUAUGUUUGCUCCUUGGAUUACACCUUAUUGGACAAGAAAUUUGAGAGAACCUACAGCUGCUUGGAUCCAACAACUCACUGAUGAUCGAUCAGUAUUGUUGCCAUGGAUUAUCACUGAUGGGCCUUAUGCAAAUAAAACAGUUGCUAUUUUUGUUGAAUGUAUCAGAUUUAUUAUUGAUACUAUGCCAGCAUCCAGCAAAAUUCUCUGCUACGUUUGGCAAUUUUAUGUCAACAACUUUGCUCAUGCUUCAGUUAAAGAUCACAUUCUUAAUGUCAUUCACGGGAAUUUCUUAUCACUCCCUUGGGAUAGAUUCUCGCCAGGGAUUAAUGAUGUAGAAUUAAUGGUCAAAGUUGUUGAUCAAUAUCUACCAGAUAGUCAUCUAUUUUUAGGAAGUGUUUUUGUUUCUAUCAACUGGACUGUAUGGAUAAAUGAAGUUUUGACAACUCAACCACUUCCUGUUGCUGCUCGAGCCCAUGUUUGUUUAUUGAAUUUGUUUGUAAAACUUUCUAAUGAACCAAAUGUACGACAGAAUGAAAAAACAGUUCAAUUGAUUAAUGAAGCUGAAAAGUUCCCUUGGCAUCUAGUAGAUGCAACAGUUUAUGAUCAAGUUAUUAAUUGGCAUGUAAUGAGUUGUGACCCUCGAGUAAUUAUCUCUUCAACAAAUAAUCAACCACAAAUUCAUCCAAUUGAUCUAGCAAUAAACAAUCUUUUGAAAGUUGUCGCGGCCUACGACCCUGCAGUGACCCACUUCCACCCUACGACAUUAAAGAAACGACAGAUGUACGUGCGUUCAUCGGUGAAACUGUUAGUCAACUGCACGACACGACAUAAGACCUUAGUUUCCACUAAUAUUAAGGCUUUCACAACUACAUUAUCAAUGAUGUUGGAUGAAAUGGAAAUGAUCAUUACAAGUACUGUUUCUGGUCCUCAACAAGCAGCAGAGGCAGGUCUUUUAUUAACAGAAUUAUUACAUUCAAUUCAUCAAAGUGGAUUUUUAGUAGAACAACUACGAAUUAGUUGGUCUAAAUGGUUAUCUGAAAAAACAGCAUCAAAUCCAAUUCUUUUGGGAAUUCUUAAAGUCAUUGGAGUAACUGUGACAUCUUCAUCAACUCUUGGAGAUCUUACAGAAGCUGCAUUAGAAGCUUAUUUUAAACACAGUGUUACUGAUGAUCUAGAACCAACAUGGGCAUCAGUUCUUGGUAUUCUUCAACCAAUUGUUCCUAGACAACCACCAAUAGAAGGAGUUUUAGUUGCCGAAGGCAAACUUCUUACUCUUUAUGCCAUGCUUUUAAAACGAUUGCCGUCCUGUAGAGAUAUCAGGGAAGAAGGAAUGCUUUUAGUAAAUCUUAUCGAUUGGAUCAGUGCGAUUAAACCAUCAGAUGUUGCUGAAGCAAAAUUUCCCUUAUUGUGGGCAAAAGCAUUCGAAUUAGCAUAUAGGCAGUGUCAAUAUAGUGAAAAUACAAUAGUGGCAGCGAGAUCAUUAAAAAGAUUAAGUCGAGCCUUGUUAACAGUCGCUGAUGAUGCAGGCCAAGGUUGGGGGAUUCUUGGAGCGAUUGGAAUAAGAAAAGGCUCCCAACUUUCUAUAAGAUGUAAAUUCUUAGCACGUGCUUUGGGUAUUUACUGCCUUGCUCAACUGCCAGAAUCGAAAUCUGAACAACAAAUGAUACGUUUUACUCCUCAUUCACCUGGUAUUGCACCUGUAAGACCUAAUAAUGACUUGGAUCCUCUUGAUGCCCGGCCUAAUCCAGAUACUGUAAAAGGUAUACAGACUUUGGAAAGUCUUUCGACAAAUAAACAAUAUGCUGAACUAAAAGGUGACAUCGAACAAGCUAUCAAGAUGAUUCGGGACUCUGCUAAUUCACUUCAUAAUGCUGUUAUGAUCACUGGGCUUUUAACUACAGAGUUAUAUAGUGAAAAAUACUUACACGUUUUAAGUGAUUAAAUGAAUAUUUUAUUUGCGACUGAAAAAACAGGGUUUAUUUGUUUAACUUUUUUUUUUUUUUUUUGGAGGUAUUAGAUUCGCUUAAGCAAAU